CUUUUAAAGAGAAAUAUCCAGCACUUGCUCAUUUUUUCCUCACAUACUGUAUUACUUUUGAUCUACCGCAGUUUGAUAUUGUUGCUUAAAUUAAUCCAUAGCUAACAUUUACACAGACUCUCAAGAGUUGUUUGCUUGGUUGGCUUAAUCUACGAGAACAGUAAGCAGAUUGUGUUAUGGAUGGGUAUGAGCCAUUGCACCAUCCCUGAGCGUCGGCAGAAGCCUGAGAAGGACGCAAGGGUGUGCACUGUGUUCUAAGAACAAGCAAGUGGAUAUCCAGACAUCGAAGAACGACAAGCAACGACGUGAAUCAUGUCUUACUAUAACCGAGAACUGGUGGUAUUUUUUAUUAAAUAUAAACUCUCGCAGAGGAACUACCCCUGCAACCACAUUGGACUUACAGAAGACACAAAUCAUACUGAUGGGGCCGAAGAGAAUGGUGAGGGGGCGGCAGGGACGACGACCCUUGUUAACGGCUCCAUGAACAGAACCCCACCACGAUCCCCCACUUCAUCCCCACAGCAUCAGACAAACGGGACUGGGGGUCUGGACGCGGUGAAGGAGGCGCUCCGCGAUUCUGCCAACGAGUUUGAGCUGCGUUAUUCCCGAGCGUUCAACGACCUCUCCUCACAGCUCCACAUCACACCCGCCACAGCAUACCAGAGCUUCGAGAGUGUGAUGGAUGAGGUGUUCCGCGACGGCGUCAACUGGGGCCGCAUCGUGGGACUGUUUGCCUUCGGAGGGGCUCUGUGCGUCGAGUGCGUGGAGAAGGAGAUGAGCCCACUAGUGGGACGCAUUGCAGAAUGGAUGACCGUCUACCUGGACAACCACAUUCAGCCCUGGAUCCAGAGCCAAGGAGGAUGGGAGCGAUUCGCGGAGAUCUUUGGAAAAGAUGCAGCAGCAGAGAGCAGAAAGUCACAAGAAAGCUUCAAGAAGUGGUUGCUGGCGGGAAUGACCUUGCUAACAGGUGUCGUGCUCGGGUCACUCAUUGCACAGAAACGCCUGUGAGGAUCAGAAUAACUGAAGAUCCAAAUACACCUACUGCUUCAUUUAGACCUCCAGCUAAAAUGAAGGAACUUCAAAAAUACUUGUUUUGGAUUUAUUUGUUUCACUUUUAUUGCCAAGAAAUUUCAUGUUUACAUCCCCCGUCCCACCGUGUACUGUUGACUGAGUGGAGUGCAUCUGUGAUGUGACAUCACAUGACCCAGACUGCAUGAGGGUGCAUUGGUUUUAGUUGACUCAGAAAAUGCAACGCCACGUAUCCUUACACCCUGUUCAACGAAACUAGAAAAAUGACUAAAACCGUCAAGAGAAAAAGUUUCAAAUCUUGCUUCUUUGUCUGUAAUUUUGUUUUCAGCUCUAUCGUCAAUCUUUUUAAGUAUCCUUAUUAUUCUCUCAUUUUCAAAGAGAUUUGCAAAACUGACAAGGAUACAAACAUUUUAUCUUUAAAUCUAAUUUAAGCUCACUUGUAAUUCUUGAGUUAACCGAACGAUAAAGAAGUUGAAUCUGAACUGAAUUUGAAACAUUCAGUCAGUAAAUCAGCACUGACAUUUCUGAGGAACGUUAUUCCUGUCUGGAGUGCCAGAUAUUAGCUCGAGAGCAGAGGCAUCUCACUACACUUGAGCGCCUGCUUCCUCUGCAAUCUCUACAAUUAUAGAAAAAUGUGGAGAACAGAUAAAAUAUGUCUGUGAUUGUUUUUAUGUUGUUGUUGUUUUCCCAUUAUUGUUCUGUUUCUUUUCACAUGCGAAUUUGAUGAGCGUUAAAUGUGUGACUACCUGCAUAGGCAGGUUUGAAAUCCUCUAAAGCAUCUAAAUUGUCUAAAGGACCAACAGUUAUGAGACGGCCAACAGUUUGAGAGAAAGUUCUGUAUGUUUGGUGCCGUUUGAUUUAUUAAACCUUAUUAAACCUAAGUUUCAGCUUCAGAUAUGGUAUCACGUAUAACUCUUUAUACCUUUAAGAUUGUUGUAACUAGAGCUAGAAGAGACACGGAUACAUAAGGAGUGAGUAGGUCACUCCUGUUGUAUCUGUGACUACACUUAACUGUGUUUUAUACACAGAAAAUGUAACACUUUAAGCUGAAAUUAAUUAGAUUAAACCAUAUUGCCACAAGA